AGUAAAUGUUCAAAAAUAAUAAUGAACAUUUUCAUAUACCUAAAUGUACAUUUGUGUUAUGUAAUAUGACCAGGAAUGAUGAUAAGAAAAAGUCAAUUGCAGAAAAGAAGAAAAAAACUGAAAAGGAAAAGGUUGAAAGGUAUAAUUUCAAAUUUAUUUAUAUACACUCAAAUGUUCAUUUAUGUUCCUCAUAAUUUUCUUAAUUUAACAAUAUUUUAUAUUGAACAACAAGACCAAAACGCGAAAAGAAAACAAUUCCUCCUGCUUUCCGAUCUCCUUACUUGGUCAAGUACAAGGAUCUGUUUAAAGAUGAGAAAGCCAUGAACCAAAUUGCAGUAGACUUUGCUCUUGGUGGAAAAGAUGAAAGUGCACUCUUAUACUAUGAUGGCUUGAAUCUCAUCAAUAGAAAUGAAAUGAAAACUCUUGGAGAUGAUGUUGAAGUGACAAAUUGUGUCAUAGAUGGAUGGGCAAGGUUUCUUAAUCAUAAAAAGCCGAGAAACAAGAUUUAUUUCUCAACAGUGCUUCAUCACAUUAUGUGCACAAAUAGAGUUUGUCAAGAAGGAUCAUCAAUGAAGACAAGAAUUAAUGCCUUCAUAGAAAGAAUUGACAAUGAACUGAAGUUGAAUAAAAUUGACAGCAUUGUUGGAUAUAAACAGGUCUUCUUCCCAGUAUCAACUUCUCAACAUUUUUUUCUGUUGUGCGUCAAUCAUAUAGAAGACAAAAUUCAUAUAAUUGACAAUAGAAAACUACCAAAAAAGGUAUCAGUCCAAGCAAAAUAUGAAGAACAACCAAAAAUGAUGGUGAGAUAAUAUGUUCAUUUAUAGUUGACUACAUGAUCAAUUAUAUUUUAUUAAUUGUUCAUGUCUUCAUCACAAUACAAACUUCUAAACAAUUUUUACUCUUUUUUCUAUCAGUUAAAAGGAU